AUGGAAUCUAAGAAGACUCAGAACCGCCAUUCUCUUGCCUGCAAGUUUUGCCUCAGGACUCAGGAAACCUUGACUGUUCACCUGAGAAGAGCCUGCAAGAGAGAUGCAGAUGCAGAAGAAAUUGAGCUUCUGAUGCAGGAAGCAAAAGCAAAGAUGCGAUCAAUCCUGAAAGGGCUUAGUGUCGUUAAAUAUGAAGACCUGGACUAUAAGGAUUCUGAUCCUCUGGAUUUUUUUGUCAAUUUCCUUGAGAAAAAUGGCUGCUAUGUUAGAGGGAAGCCUGAGAAGUCAGCAAGCUCUCCCAUGGAAGAGAGAAUACGUCCAUCCGAUAUAAACAGAACCAAGGUGAACCUCAAUCGGGCAGCUGACAAAGUAGUGGAGAGACAGGCACCUUUUAAAGAUCUGGACCUGUCACAUAAGAAGACCAAACCUGUACAUGAAAAAGAGGUGGAGACACAAGGACCUGUUAAAGUGCUGGACCUCUCUGUCAGGUCACAUAAGAAGACCAAACCCAGCCCAGUGAAUGCUGAAAAAGUGCAGAGACACCGACCUAUUGCUGAACAGCCGGACCACCCCAUGGAGUCAGAAGAGGAGGACAUUGUAGGCCCUGUAAAUGAAAAAGAGGUGGAGACACGAGGAUCUUUUAAAAAGCUGGACAUCCCCAUCGAGUCAGAAGAGGAGGACAUCGCAGGCCCUGUAAAUCAAAAAGAGGUGGAGACACGAGGACCUUUUAAAAAGCUGGACAUCCCUGUUGAGUCAGACAAGGAGAACCAUGCAGGCCCAUCGACUGAUGAUAAUGAUGAUGAUGAAAAUCCAAAAAAGCUGGACCAGAGCAAGACAGAGUCACAUCUAAUUCUGCUGAAGAAAAAAAUGAAGGCAGCCGGGAUGUACAGGAAACACUCUCUUGAAUGUGAUCUUCUUGUUAGUUUCCGAACAUUUCUUCAGCAAGAAUUACGAGUUAGAAGAUGGUCACAAGAGGUUGGAAAUGUGGCCAGGUUUUUAUAUUUUGUGGACCCCUCCAAACCCUCCUUAAAGUUCCUGGAUGAUACACCGAAGGCAGAGAAGGCAGUGGCUUUUUUUACUGAACUGGCAAGUUUGGGGAACAGUCAUGCCACUCAGUUCACCUACCUGAAGCACAUUAAAAGGUUUGUUCGGUCUCAGAUGAAUACUCUAACUUCAUCACAUCAAUCUAAAGAAACAGUGGAAAGAUGUAAGCUGUUUCUCAAGAUGACUGAGGGUCUACAGGGAAAGCUGAGCAAAGGAAUUUCAGCUGAGACUGUGGGGAAAAAGUAUGACUACAUGACAUCUGGAAAAAAGGACCCAGUGGAGUGUCAGAGGAUUCUCGCAGUGGCAAGGCCAACGAUCGAGCAGCUGAUAAAGAAGGCCAAGAUGGGUGGAACACUUUUGGAUAAAGAAAAGUGUGUUGUCCUCUAUUACUUGGAGGCAAUAGUUGUCCUAAAGCAACUCCAGCGACCAGGAGUUGUGCAGAAUAUGACUGUUGAAGAAUGGCGCAACAGGAAAUUGUCGGACUGCAAGACACGUAUGGCCAUUGCUGUAAAAAAACAUAAGACUGCUACACAGCAAGUCGCCACUGUACUUUUAGAAGAAGAAGAAGAACAGUGGUUUGAUGUGUUCUAUAAAAAAAUACGGCCAUCCUUUGUCAGGAGUGGGACAAGCCCGAAGACAUUCUUCAUCUCAUCAUCAGGGGAGCCGAUUCACAGUGUGACAAACGACAUUGCUAGACUUCAUCAGAAGUUUAAUUUGCGCCCUGUGACUAGUCAAGAGGCUAGAAGAAGAAUGGAGACAUACAUGGCCUCCCACUUAAAAACUGAUGCAGAGAGGUACUCGUUUGCCAAGAUGCUGGGCCAUUCAAAUUUGACUGCCGAAAGGGUUUAUCGAGAGAAGACCAUUGAAAAUAUGGUAGAAGCGGCAGAAGUCAUGAAGAAGGCAUUGUAUGGCCCCCAGGCUUCGACAUCAAGGUUUAAACAGAUGCCACAGCAGCCACUGGAAACGGAAAGUACAGUAGUCUCUCGAGACUUGAGGGAGAAUGCUUUUGAGAGAUUCAAACAAGCCCGUCCAGUCACCCAUGAUGCAAAUCCUCCUUGCUUAAAGGCAGCGUUAGCCUUUUCCCAUGAGUACGGCCAGUACUGUUAUGAUCGAUGGAGAAAACUACAGAACAAGAUGAGGGUGGAUUAUGUUGCUGGAAUUUUCAAAUAUCAGAAACCAAAUGAAGAGAGAGUGAGAGAAUGUAUCGAAGGCCAUGCAUGGAAGACCAACUAACCACGGAUACGGGAUAUUCUGGAAACCAUAAAGCCACGUGGAUAGCAAACCAGGUUUCUAAACACGUGUCAAGUGGAGUGAGCAUGAAUUCAG